AUGCGCCAUAGCCGAGUUCAUAGGCCGCAAUCUGUGGAGCCAAUUCCAUUUACCAAGGCCUUUGAGAUGUUCUGUGAGGGCAAUUGCCCCUAUGGGCCGAUAUGGGAGCAUGUUCUCAAGUACUGGGAGGAGAGCCAGCGGAGGCCAGAGAAGGUGCUGUUCUUGAAGUACGAGGAGAUGUUAGAGGAUCCGCGGCGGAUUGUGAAGAGGUUGGCCGACUUCAUGGGGCGUCCCUUCUCUCCAGAGGAAGAGAAGGAAGGGGUGGUGGAGGAGGUCAUAAAGCUGUGCAGCUUUGACAAGCUGAAGAGCUUGGAGGUCAACAGGACGGGUAAACUGCAUCCCGAUUUCGUCCAAACCAAUGAUUCUCUCUUCAGGUGUUGUUUAGCUUGCUGGAAAGAUAAGAGGUAA